AUGCUCGACGGUGUCGAAUACCUUGACCGCGCUCCUAGCACGUAUACCUCGGCCUCGAAGAAAGAAAGAAACAUCCUCCAUCAGAUAGCGGAUGUCCGGGCGACAAGGGACCUCUACCAAAAACUAUGGGACUGUAGAGACACUAUCUGCGCUCUCACUAGACACCACCUUCAAAUUAGUCGGAACGACACCUGCGUAGUCCUUCCACCGCAACUAUGGAUCCAAGGCAGCUUCAACAUCUGUGUGCUAGUAGAGGUGACAUCUCGUGGUAUAGGGAAGAAGUUUGUCCUGCGCUGCCCAAUGCCACACAAGCUUGCUGAAGAGAGGUAUCCUGGUACAGUGGACGAAAAACUCAGCUGCGAAGUGGGCACAUAUGUCUGGAUGCAGAAGAAAUGCUCUGAUAUCCGCAUCCCGUUCCUACAUGGCUUUGGGUCCUUGGACCAGCGUCAUUAUACACGUGAGGAGAAACGCCCGUUCUACGUUCGCCUUAGAUGUCUGUUCUGGCGCUCUAUCUACCGUGUCUUUUGCUAUCCAGAGCUCUCGAAGUACACCCCGAUCUCAAUCGUCCAUAACCUACCUACUGCCUACAUGUUACUCGAAUAUAUCAAACCCGAAACGGGCCAGGUGCUUUCUAAUACAUGGGAGAUGUGGCGAGAAGAUCCAGACCGUCGAAAAAGGCUAGAAAAAGGCAUAGCGCACCUCAUGCUCUCUCUUGCCCGCAUACCUCAGCCUAGAAUAGGCGCUUUCCGAUUUAAUCAUGAUUGCACUAUAACAUUAUUGAAUCGUCCACUUACUUGCGCGACCAUGAUGUUAGAGAACGAUGGCGUACCAAGAAUAAUACAACAAAACGACACGUAUCUGCAAACGGAGCCAUUCGUAUCUGAUAUGAUUUCCAUGCAUGAUGAAUAUCUUGUUAGUAACCCUAAUGCUGUCUAUAGCGCUGAAGACUGCCGCAGCCAGAUGUCUAUCAGAACGUUACUCCGUGCACUAUCGCAUCAUUACAUCAGACGUGAGCGCCGUAAUGGCCCAUUCAUUCUCCAAUUUACCGAUUUCCACGCGAGCAACAUCUUUGUUGAUGAAGAAUGGAACAUCACGUGUCUCAUUGAUUUAGAAUGGGUAUGUGCUCUACCAGUAGAGAUGCUUGCCGUCCCUUACUGGCUCACCGGACGUUGCAUUGACGAACUACGAAACGAACAUUUCGAUGAAUUCAACAGGGUUCGCCAAGAAUUUAUGCAUAUGUUUGAAGAAGAGGAGCGUGGAAUGGCAUCGGAGCGCAACUUUUCACUUGCCAGGAUUAUGAAUAAAAUGUGGGAGUCAAGAGGAGUGUGGUUUUGGUAUUCUUUGGAGUCUUUCAACGCUAUACUUUUCGUUAUUGAAGAGCAUAUCUGCCCUCGAUUCUCCCCCUACUUGUCGCCCGAAUGCGAAAAAGUGCUGUCGAGAUUCUGGAGAGAAGAUUCCGGGAUGGUGGUCGAACAGAAAGUCAAUGACCAGAAGCAGUAUGAUUUGGAGCUCCGCCGUGCGUUUGGCAAGGAAGAGCCGUGCAGCGAACAACCGGACGGAAAGAUAGGGAUUGUGAAGCAAGAGUAA